AAUGAGAAGCCAGAGCACGAGAGUGAGGCGCCUACGAAUGAGAAGCCAGAGCACGAGAGUGAGGCGCCUACGAAUGAGAAGCCAGAGCACGAGAUACUGAAUGUCAAACAAGAGACAGAGAAUGCAGAGAAUAACACUGAGAAACCAAAUCACAAAAUGCUGAAUAUCCGGCAAGAGAAUGCCAAGCAUGACCCAAAGAAGCCAAAGCAGAAGGUGAAGACGAAGAAAAAUGUGGACAAGAAAAAGAAUUUUGCAGUCAAACCGAAUGGCAAGAAGAAGCCAGCUCCUGAUGCUACAAAAAACAACGAGGAGAAGCAGUCUGAUGCAAAGAGGAAGCAGGCGAUUGUCACGGCAACGACGUCCCCCACACGGAAGUCGCACCUUGAUCGGAAGACCUCUGGAUCGCUGCGUUGGAGAAUCCCCAAGAUUGUGAUGGAGGACGAGGAUUCUGCGAGGAAGGAGUUACAGGAAUCGAUGAAGGUCAAGGGGAAGAGGAAGAGAGAAGACUUUAAAGCAAAGGGCACGGCCGUGGCGGAUGUGGUAGGGCUUUACUGCAAUGACUGUGAGGUCUACGUCACAAACAAUACGGCUAUGGACAAACAUGUAAAGAGCAUUGACCAUGCGUAUAUGUUGAUGAGGACACACUUCAAAGGUCAACUGAGGCAUUUUCAUAAAAGCAUAAAAUCAGUGGCCAAAGAUCAUAAUUCUUAUGAGUGCAAGGUCUGUGAUAAGGUCUUUUUUGGGAACAGAAACUUCCUGGAGCAUCUUGGACAUAACAUUCAUUUACAGAAUGCUGCUGCAAACACUGAGACUCACCAGGCAUAUAUUUUACACCAGCCAUCUGAGAUCCAAGACAUUGUGGAUGAGAUCACUAACGAUUACCUAAUCGGUCUGGAGCACAUUCUUUUUGUGACAAAGCCGGUACUAGAGUGGCCGCCGCACAUGGAGUGCCUGGCCUGCAAGUCGGGCUUCCGUCCAAUAGAUCUGCCCAACCACGUCUGCACGACGCACCACAGGACCAACAUUAUCGAGUUCUUCUAUCCUGAGUAUUUUGUGAAGCUGAAGGAAGCCAUGUUCACGCCUGAAGCAGCGAGGGACCUGGCCAAGCAGAUAGAGGAGAAGCACGGGCGGCAGAAGCUCAAACUCAAGAUCGUUAUGGACACGCUGGAUAGUAUUCUGGAGAGGGGAAGGAGCGGCGAAUUCUACACCUAUGAGAAGUAUCGCAAGAACGCGCUCUACAGAGGUUCCACGCCUGAGCGUUCGGUCAUAUUUGCGCUCAGAGAGGUUAGCACCAACAAACACCGCAAGAGGAAGCGUGACAAGCAGGUCGACCGGGAUGACUGGUCGGAGACUGCGCACAGGGGCGAUGGCUGGCCCACCCCCGAUCCCUCGUCAGACGCUAUGCGCGGGAUUGAUGGCUGGCCCUCCCAGCAUCCCUUAUCGUCAGCGGGUGCUGUGCGUGGGACCGAUGGCUUGUCUUUCCAGAAUGCCUCGCCAUCACUGGAGGCUGCGUGCGGGGUCGAUGACCGGCCCUCCCUGCAGCUGCAUGAGCUGAUGUAUGGGCGGAGUAGCGACCAGCCGCUGGGCGAUGAAAAAAUCAAACGUCAAAAAAUUCAGGAGAAGAGGAAUGAACCGCUGCAACGGGGAGGAGGAAGAGGAAGGGUACAGAGAGGAGCUGUCGCGGGGUUCAGAGGAGGAGAAAGAGGAGUGGCGGCGGUUCCCAAUCCUGCGCGUUGGACUGGCUGAAGCACAACGACGGCUCCGACGGCUCCAUCCCGGGUAUCGGCUUGGGCUGCGACGCCUCCAGCAAGCCAUCACCCUUCCCGUUCCUACAAUCUGGAUGCGAG